AGCGUCUACCUGGCCAUGAGGGCGUACCUGCAGCAGCUGCAAGGGAAUUACCCGGAGGCUCUGGACAGUCUCCGAGAAGCAGAAACGAGACUCCAGCAAGACGAGCCGGACAACUCCCGCCAGCUCUUGCUGAUUUAUGGGAACUACGCCUGGAUCUAUUACCACUUGGUCAACUACCAGAUGGUGGACUACUACCUGUUCGGGAUUUUUGACAUCUGUGAGUCCCUGUCCAGCCCUGAGCCGUACUCUGUGCAGAUCCCCGAGAUCCACGCGCAAAAAGGGUGGUCCCUCCUGGCCUUUGGCUUCCGGAAUGGGGAAGAGGCCACCGAGUGCUUCCAAACGGCACUCCGAGGAGACGAGUCCAACCCGGACUUCCAGGCCGGUCUGGCAAUCUCUGUCUUUGCUUCCUGGACUCACUCUUCCAAAUUUCACCUUUGGGAAAAGGCCAGAAGGUUGCUGGAACAGAUUCUCUGCCACCACCCCCAAAACUAUGAAGUCAAAGUGCAUUUGGCUGAUCUGCUAGAGAGAAAAGACUGCCAGAGAUCCAUGGAGCUCACAAUGGAUGUUGCCCGAAACAGCCUCAACCCUGAAGAUCUGCGAAACGCCGCCAGGCUUUGUAAGAAGAACCUCCUCUUGAGAGCCAUCGACAUCUUGCGACGAGCAAUCACCCUGGCUCCCAGAUACCACCUCCUCCACUACGACCUCGGCCUCUGCUACAAGACGCAGCUGGAAGGAGCAGCCCCGGAGAAGAGAGAAGAGAUCCUGGCCGCUGCUAUCAAGAGCUUCCAGCGAGCCAUGGAAACGGAUCCUCGCUCUAUAUUUUCCAGGCUGGAGCUGGCUCAGCUGUAUAGUGAAAAGACCCUGCUUUACGCGGAAGAGGUGUAUGUGAACCUGAUGGAGGAGCUCCCGACGGCCAGCAAGUGGUGCCAGCAGAUCAUCUAUCUGCACUGGGGGGACUUCCUCCUCCACAGGAAGAAGCUGAGGUGGGAGGCGCUGGAGAUGUACGAGGCCGGCUACUUGAUCCUCGGCGGCCACAUGGAAGAGUGGCAGCUUCUGAGGGAGAGGCUGAGGGAGAUGGCCAAGAAGUUCGAGGAAGAGUCCAAGAUGGACCGAGCUGGGGCGGUCCGGAGGAUUCUCCAGCUGAGACCUGAGUUUCAGAAGUAA